AACACAAGAAAGUCAAGAACUAAUGUAUUGACAAUUAUCCAUCAGAUGCGUCUUCAAACUAAGGAAAAUUCGAACCAGUUUAAACAUCUCCCCUUCUCCAUGAAUCUUUAACACCUCCUGAUUGACUAGCGAGACAAGAUACGACAAUAUCGAUUGAAACCCCCCAACUUUGUAAACUUUGCUAUAAAAUAUCUAAUUGGGUUUUGGAUAGAUGUGAAGGAGGAAAUGAAAAUGGAGAUUAAUUCAUUUGAACUUUAUUUGGGUAAUGAGAAGAUAAGAGAUUAUUGGAGGUUGAAUAUGAAGAACUUAGAGUGAUACCGUAGAAGGAAGCCACGUGGACAAGAUUCAAUUUCGAAUUUGAUGGCAAGAUGAGUAGUAACGAGACUGAAGUAGAAUUCUUGGAAUCUUUCUCUCCUCAAUAAUUAAGGGAGGGUAUAACUGUCAAAUGCAUUAAUUUUUCAGUGGAAAAGUAAGAAGAUGCUGUGGAAAAUUCAGCUCGGAUUGGCUUUUUUCACCCACUCAAUUCCUAUUAUAUAUAUUUAGUAGGUAUGGAAAACAUUUUAUACUAUUAGAGUAUCAUUUUAAGGAUACCAAAACGAGUUGACUUAGUGGUUAUGCUAUAUAUUUUAAAUAUACUCGUAAGUUAUCCAAUUCGCAAUUGCUCAGUUACAUUUUUAUUUGGUGUUUCUUUCGAUCAUCAAAAGGAUGUCCUCCAUUAAAGAGUUUGAUCAUCUCAAAAUUAAGCUCAAAGAUAUUGAAUCUGCAACCAACAAUUUCGGGAUCAGCAACUAUAUUGGUAUAGGAGGAUUCGGGAAAGUUUACAGAGGAGAACUUGUGUUAUCAGAUAAGCUGACCAUGGUUGCUGUAAAGCGCUUAGAUACUGCUUUUGGGCAAGGACCUCCUGAGUUUUGGAAAGAGAUCAUGAUGCUUUCUAGAUAUAAACAUGAAAAUCUUGUUUCUCUCUUAGGCUUUUGUGAUGAGAAUGGUGAGAAUAUCCUUGUGUAUGAGUAUCUAUCCAACAAAAGUCUCGACUUGUAUUUAAAAAGCAACGAUCUUUCAUGGAUUCAACGCCUUCAUAUAUGCAUAGGGGCAGCUCGUGGACUACAAUACCUUCAUGAUCCUUUAGACACCCAACAAAGAGUCUUACAUCGUGAUAUCAAGAGCUCCAACAUCCUAAUUGAUGAAAACUGGAAAGCCAAGGUUUCGGAUUUUGGCCUUUCCAAAUUCGGCCCAGCUAACCAACAAUUUACAUUUUUGGUCUCUAAUACAGUUGGGACGUUUGGGUAUUGUGAUCCACUCUACAUGGAGACAGGGUACUUGACAAAAGAAUCAGAUGUUUACUCCUUCGGUGUGGUUUUAUUUGAAGUUUUAUGUGGAAGGUUUUGUGUGGAAAAUUACGAGGAUUUUCGUCGCUUUUUGCCAACAUUGGCACAAAAGUGCUACAAAGAAAUGAAAUUGGAUACAAUUAUAUUUCAUAGGGGACAAAUUUCACCAAAUUGUUUGUACACGUUUUCUACGGUUGCAUAUAGAUGUUUGCAGAGAGACACAAAAGAACGACCAUUGAUGGAUGAUAUAGUAAAAGAACUCGAAGCUGCACUUGAAUAUCAAGUGGAAUAUGAAUUUGAGAAGGAAGAGAAGUUGAAAAAUGCCAUGGCACAAGAAUUUGAUACUGAGGAAUUUUGGAAGAUGAAAUUACCACAGGAUAGUGAAGACAUAAUAAAGAGAUUAAACCCUCUUGCUGUUUAUAAUACCAAAAAGGAACUAUUCUCACUUCUUCACAAGGGAAUUCUCUUCGAUGAUCGCGAACGGGUCUUUUCAGUUAACGAAGAUGGAAUAAAAUGUGAACUGAUAUCAACAAAAAGAUUUUUAAACAUGAAUAAAAGAUCCUAUAAAUGGCAAUCCGGAAGAAAAUUCAGAUUUUCAAAGGCGGCAAUAUUUCCUUAUAGUGAACAACUUAAUAUUCGUUGCCGAAUAAGUACAAGUAUGUUAUCACCUGGUGUCAUGUAUGCAGCUAGCUUAGUUUUUUCUUUUCAAAGAGGGCGUGAAAAUGUCUAUGGAGAAUCAUCAAAGUUAGCAAGGAUAAACUGGAAAUAUCAAGAGUUGAGUGUAUCCUCUACGCAUAUUGCAGAAAGAGAAAAGGAUGGAUGGUUGAAGAUUCGAUUGUGGCAUUUUCUCAAUGGUGACAAAAAUGCUGAAUUUUACUUUGUGUUAGACAAGAUCUCGUAUUUCAAAGAAGAGCAAGACAUUUCCAACAUCUUGAUUCACCAAAUUGAAUUUGAACCCGUACCUAUGAUGAAAAGACAUAUUGGGAUUCGAGGACUAGAAAGUGUAUCGAUAUCAGAUGAAGAUACAGAUUGGGAGAAGAAGGUCCCAAGUGAUUACCAAGGUAUAAUUCAGAGAUCAGACAUGUAUUUGAAGAAGAACAACAACAAGGAGCUCUACUUCCUUCUAUGUGAUGGGAUACUUAUUGAUAAUGGUAGAAAGUGGUUCUCCCUAUGCAAAUCUACGGGUGGGAAAUGUCAUAUGUUGCCAGCUAUAGAGAUUUUACGCUCUGAUGAUCGUUCGAAUAGGUUGUCAGUAUCUGAUUCCAGAUUCAAAGAGGCGAUACAACUUCAAUAUGGAACGUAUGCAUUUGUAUGUAAACUUGAGUCAGACAUGUUUUCAUCUGGAAAUUCGUAUGCUUGUUAUCUUGUCUUCAAAUUUGCAGAAACCCACAAGCGGCUUGAUGAUAAGGGUUUCUUUAGAGUAUCUUACAACUUGGAUAUGGAACCCGGAAGUUACAAAAUUGCACAUUUGAAUCAACAUGAACCUAUUAAUAUACCAAUAAUCAAGCCGAAGAACUAUGAUACAUCCCAUGAUUCAUCGUACAUAUCAAGAACCAAAUUUCCUAGAAUGCCAAAAAACUGCACGGAUGAUAGCAUGCACCACUGGAUGGAUCACAGAAAUGAUGGUUGGAUGGAGGUUAUACUGUGUAAACCAUUACGUAAGUUAGAAGAUCAUAGAUUGCUCUAUGUGUUCUUAACAUCUAUGGGAAGUGCUUUAGAUGGUGUUAUUGUCCAAGGGAUUCAGUUUAGGCCAAUGCAAAGAGAUGUUUAGUAUUUGUAAGAGCUACUUCUUGACCUCUAUGGGAAGUGCUUUAGAUGGUGUUAUAUGUUGAUCAUAUUAUGUUCUAUUAUUUGGAUCCGGCUUUCGGGGAUUUUAAAAUUUUAAUAUAGAAAGAAUUUUGUA